AGGAACCAUGAUCGACCUGAGCCACCUGACGGAGGAGGAGCAGGGCGUGAUAAUGACGGUGCUGAGGAGGGACGCCGAGCUGAAGAAGGCAGAGGAGGAGAGAAUCAGGAAACUGGGGAAAAUACUGAACAACAGCUCACACUCAGACAGAAAGCUGAAGUACCUGAGCGGAGAGUGGUUUUACGAGGCCAAGUCUCGCAGACACAUGGACAAGAUCCAUGGCUCGGAAAUCAUCCUGGCCUCCAUGAAACAGAGGAAAACUGGUAGUUUAGAUGGGUCUCUCAGAAUAGAAAGACCCAAAACACCCAGCGGUCGGGGUUCAGAGGUCGUCGCUCCACCAAAACCUGCCAGAUGUUUGGAGGCGCUACAGCCAAAGGAGAUAAAUGAUGCUGAAAAAGAGAAUUUAAAUUCAACAGUGUGCACUCCAAGAACGUGGAGGCACAACCCUUUCAACCGUGCGUCCCUCAUUGUUGUUGAGCCACCUGAAAAUAAUAACGACAUGUCAAACAGUCGGGAUCUGGAGUCAUGUGAGACAGAGCCCACAGCUACACCGAAGAAUCACCCAGCAGGAGAGGCCAGUCAGACUUCAGGGGGCUCUGUCACAUCAGUGGGCUCCUCUGUACAUUUCAGACCAGUGCCAAAAAAGAGGACGUUUCUUUCAAGACGUCCCUGCAGCCUGUCAGAAAGCAACGGCCUGGGCUUAGACGCUGAGGUAGGGUCAGCGGGGAUCGUCCCUGCCCCAAGACGAAGCCUCCAACGCGGGUCCAGUGGGAGCUCUAACCAGUCCUGCCAGAAGAGCCAAGAUGAAAUGCCUCAGAAAAGUGCGUCUCAGCCUGCUCAGCCUUCCAGCGCUGCAGAUGAAACUUCCCAGCAGCCGCUGUGUGAUGUAUCUCAGGUUUCCUCUAAUUCCAGUCUGGAGAGAGAGCGAAACCCACCUUUCAUAACAAGAGAUAGACCAGCCACAAACAUCAGAGGCGAUGUGCCAACUGAGGGAGAAACCCCACAGAAGAACGAUGAAAGAGACGAUCAGACCCAAAGAGAACACGCCGGGGCUCAUACUGUCAUCCUGCACACGAGCAGUGUUCAGGCCUCAGACAGAGAAAACAGCAGCAGUGUGGGAACAGCGACAAGGCAGGAGGAGCUGAGUUUGACCCAAAGCACUGUGGAUCCAGAUCCUCCCGUAUCUUAUGAUCUCAACAUCCUUGAUAAGUCUGAUCAGCAAACACAGAAGAAAAACAUGUUCAAGUUAUCCACUCAGGCGACCAGUCCCACUGGUGACGAGGAGGACUCCAUUGCAAAGGUGCUUGACUGGUUCAACCGCAGCACAGACAGCGGUGAUUGGCUAAAUAGAGAAGAUGGCCCAGAGGCCACAAAGAGCUCUGGCAAACAUGUAGAAAUCAGCAAAUUAAGAAGUGAAGAUUCAGUGAGAAAAGAUGCUGGGGAUUUUAUAGCUCAUAGAAAGAAGGAAACUCUUGAAAUGAAGAGAAGUCACUUACAAAGACAGACUAAUGAGGCUAGAGAGCCCAGAGAAACAGACAGAACAGGCAACAAGGAAUUGACCGAAACACAAGAAGACGUGCAGGAUGCAAGAGAAGGAAUGUGGUCACAGGAAGUGAAAGAUGACAACGAUGAAAGUCAACCACCCAAAAUCUCUCAUCUAAAGUCAUUCUGGGAGAAAAGCAACAUGGGCCCUAAAAUACUCAUCAGCAAAUCGAUCACGCCCAGCAACAAAGGACAAGAACUUGUUUACCUCUCAGCGGAGAAAGACGAGAAUGUGAACAAAAACCACACAGUGCCUGAUAUGUCCUCUGCUCCUGGAAUAAACAAUGAGAGGGGGAUAUAUAAGUACGCCUCAAAUCAUGGGGAUGAAAGAGAACAACAGCUGGUAAUCAGUCCACAGGAAGACAUUGGGGACAGUGUUCACUUAAAUAAUAAUGACCCAACACACAGCUCAGAAUAUUUAAAGGUACUAUCCCGCCCCCAAAUGGCUGACAGAAGAGGCUCAGACACUGAGAUUUUAUGUGUGACCAGACUCAGUCCGCAGCCAAGAUGCUCUCAGACUCUGAAUCCAGAGUCUGAGAGCGUCUCUUCAGUCAAACCAAAUCCGCAACCUGAUAGUAUUUCCCCAUCAAGAGAAGCCCCGCUGCAGGAAGAGCUGCCAAAAACUGUGCCUGUGUCUCAGCUGGAAACAGAUGUCCAAACAAGGGACACUCCAGACUCUGAGAAGCUCUACUUGUCCAGGAACAGCCAAUAUAUGGACUACAAGCAAGGUGGGAUUGAUAUGCAAAUCCCCUCUAAAGCACAGCUUCGCAGGGGUUCAAGUGAAGGAGUAAGGAGGAGGGACAGUGAGGAUAAAAGCGUGCAAUCAAACAUGUCUCCUAAAAGAAAAGAGGAUGUGUCUAAUAAAGACAGAACUAAUAGUCCUCACUCAAAUAGGCAAGGUUCACAAGAUCGGGAAAGUACAGCAGAGAGGAUCAAGCGGCUCAAAUCUUUCUGGGAGCACGAGAGGAACAAGCCCAUGUUUUACACCGGCAAACCUAAAACUCCUGGGGAAGGUAAAGUCCCUCGUGGCGCACAUCAGGCAAAACUGAAUAAAAGAUUUGCAAAGUCGGAGUAUGAUCUGAGGUCAAUUGGAAAUUAUUUAGGCAGCAAUGAGGAAGACUCCGAUACAAUUCAUCAUAAUUUUUCUGUUCUUCCUUUGAAUCAGAGAAUAGAAAAGUCGUCCUCAAGCCUCAGCACGAGCCGAUCACAGUUCAACACCCUGCGCGAGUUCUGGGACGAGGCCACUUCAGAUAUCAAGGGAUCAUUUCCCUCCGACAAAAUCAGAAGCCCAAAAAGGAAAGAGCCAGUAAGUGCCCAGCUUCCGUCCCAGGAGUUCAAGAGUGGUGACCAAGAGAUUUACCACUUGUCCUCUGCUGUUGAGAAAACAAAACCAGCUGUGAUGAAAUCACCUCCAUCUCCGCAGAGUAGAUCAAAGUCGCCACAUGAUAGACAGAUGGGAGCGGGGACAGGAGCAGUGAAUGACGGCAAAAACAACCCGUCUAAUUAUACGACAGCUGAGUCCAAAAGGAGCUCAAAAGACUCUGGUAAAGAGGAGAAAUCCACAAAACCACAGAUCAGUUCAGGAAAGGAGACCCGUUCUCCUAAGAGCAGAAAAGAAAGCUUCAGCAUUUCCAGCAGUCGUGGAACUUUGCGUCGCGCCACUAGCAUGUUCUCUCUGAGUUUUCCUGAUGAAAAAGAUCAAGGCAAGCUUAGAAUAGAUGUAAGCCCUGUCCACUCCCAGAGCAGGAAGCAAAGGCCGAACACUGAAAAAGGAGCCGUGCCGAAGAGAUCAUCAGACGAAACUGAGACUCUGACUCCACGUGCACGAGCAUUUGUUCCCACAGACUACCGGCAUUACCUGGGCAUGACGGAUGAGACCGGGGACCACGCCUCGCUCACCGUGGCGCUGAAGGACAAGGGGUCAGAGGGCAAGUCUGGGUAUGAAUCUGACCUGAGCGGGCCAGUGAGAGCCAGCACCCCAGUGAGCUCGGAGGAGUGUUACGGCAGGAAGGGCAACAAGACGAGUCAGCGCCCCCUGUGGCCAAACUACAGCAGUUCAGACACUGGCCAGGAGUCGUCUGUGAGCAGCACGUCAGAAACCUGGUCCAACUCAAGGAACAGUUCAAACCGUGAAAAUGAUGAUGAGAGCCAAAACCCUGUAAGGAAAGCACUGAGGCGGGCAGAAGUGCGGCCUAAAAAUCUGGCUAAAAGUAUGAUGGACAUCACAGCAUCUGUAUCACCGCGGCAAGAAAGAAGACAAGACCCAACUGCUGACCUCAGACGCAUUUGUGAUGUUUCAUCCGUCCCGUCACCCUCCCCAUCCUUAUUUUCGGAUCCAGACCACCUGAAGAAGAUGAGCAAAUCAGUUCCCUCGUUCCUACAGAAGGAGGAUGUUGGUAGGGACACUGACUCCACCUGCGCAGACAGUUACCACCAAGGAAGACUAAUGGCAGGCAGCUCAAUGACUAACCUCACUAGGUCCUCUGGCAUGGCCUCUGUAUCUUCUCUGAGUGGAAGUGUAAUGACCAUGUACAGCGGAGACUUUGGGAACGUGGAGGUCCAGGGAACUAUGCAGUUUUCCAUCAACUACGUUCAGAGGCUCAGAGAGUUUCACAUCUUCGUGGCCGAGUGCCGAGACUUGGCUGCUGUCGACCCGAAGAGGGGUCGCUCGGAUCCGUACGUCAAAAGCUACCUGGUACCUGACAAAGCUAAUCUGGGAAAGAGGAAAACAUCUGUAAAAAAGAAGACCCUGAAUCCAACUUUCAAUGAGAUCCUCAGAUAUCGUGUUCGCAUGGAGUACCUCAGAACUCAGACGCUCAUUCUCGCUGUUUGGCAUCACGACACCUUUGGCAGGAACAGUUUCCUGGGCGAGGUAGACGUGGACCUGUCCAAGUGGGACUUUGACCACACCCAGAUGAACUACUUAGCCCUGAAAGCGAGGACUACACCCACUCUAGCGCCAUCAAAUGGGCGAGGAGAGAUGAGACUAGCGAUACGUUUCCUGCCACAGAUCACCCACAGUGAAGGUGUAACUAAAGAUGGUCCCAACACCGGAGAGAUUCACAUUUGGGUGAAAGAUUGCAAGAACCUGCCUCUAAUCAGGGCCACCAUUGACCCAUACGUGAAGUGCUUUGUGCUGCCAGACACGAGCAGGAAGAGUCGGCAGAAGACACGUGUGCUGCGGAGGACGGCGGAUCCAGUGUUCAACCACACGAUGGUGUACGAUGGCAUCAGAGACGCUGAUCUAACUGAAGCCUGCGUGGAGCUCACUGUCUGGGACCGAGACAGGCUAGCAAGCAACAUGCUGGGGGGCCUGAGGCUCAGCGCUGGAACAGGCAGAAGUUACGGAGCAGAGGUGGAAUGGAUGGACUCGACCCCUUAUGAGGUGGCCCUGUGGGAGCGCAUGAUGGCUACCCCCAAUGAAUGGGUGGAGGACGUACUCCAUUUACGAAUGGUGAACUCGGCAAAAACCGCUUUUAAAUAAGCAGAAGUAAACCACCUGCCAUAGUGCAAAUACAAUGUGUUAUUGAAAAACACGGUAAAUUAAUUGUCUUAAAGAUCCAGGGAACGGAUUCAGAUUCAGUCAGGAGAAGCUUUCUAAGGAUUUCAAAAAUCUUGUGAAAAACACAAAGUUGAGACACUGGACCAGAAAUCCACCACGUGGCUGUAAUUUUACAGCAACCUGCGGUGCCGCCUGACAAAGUAAUUUCUUAAACGGGGUGGCGUUGCAAACGCUUUCACAUCUCUGGUGAAACUCCACAGGUGCUCAAGGGAAGGGGGAAAUAAUGUUACGCAAGAAACAAAAGCCUAUUCAGAGUGAGUUGUGUAUAAAUUCAGCGACUGGCACAACUGUGACUAUCAAAAGCUUUUAUACAAGAAGGUAAGAAGAAAUUAAAGACACCUACUGUUACAUGUUUUGCCCUUUUAAAGGGUGUUUAAGCAAGAAUGUCACUGGACCAAAAACAGCUUGGAGGGACACAGGGAAGUGUAAUCAAGACACCAUACGUCAAUCACACUGCAAUAAAUACCCAAUGAAGACAUUUACAGACUGACUUAUAACACAGGUAACAAAGUGCAAAAAAACAGGUAAUUCUGGCAGAGCAUCUGUUCAUAGGAAAGUACAGCUAUAAUUAAUAUCCACGCUAAGCGUUUUCUCGAUUACAUUGCCCCAUUCUUCAUUACUGCUCCUUGUCUAGUGGUAUUCACGUUUGAAGACCUUGAACUAGGCGAAAGCCAAACCAUUAGGGUGUUCGAUUUACAUCUUGCCCUCUUGCAUAAAUACUUAUGUUGUGAUAGAAUCUGGAUUCACACUCCUGGCUCUCCAGAGGUGCGAGUAUCCACUGUUUUGUUUUGUAAAGCAAUGUCUCUGUUGCCGCCGCUGUGCAGCACAGCUCUUCACCACCUAGACAUCUUAAAAGCCACGUUAUCCAGACAAAGAGUGAUCGCAGUUAGCUUUUAGUAAGGCUAAUAUUAACUAACAUGAGCAGCAAUGUGUGAUGGCAAACAGUGGUAACAAUAAAAAAUGUGCUGUUCCACUAAAAAAUUGUUGAUGUUUAUUUAUUAAAGUUUCUCAAGGGAUGUUACUCCAAUGCCCACAAUGUUCAGGGAAACUUUAUUUUGAAAUAGAAAAAGAACAUUGCUCCACACUUAAAUCAAAUCCGUCCAUCAGAUUAGUCA